AUGAGGUUGAGGAGUGACUGGACUUGGAUGGAGUCGUACAUGGUUCAUUUUCCAGACACUGAAAGAGCAGAAUGGUUAAAUAAGACUGUAAAACACAUGUGGCCUUUUAUUUGCCAGUUUAUAGAAAAGUUGUUUCGAGAAACCAUAGAACCAGCUGUGCGGGGAGCAAACACCCACCUUAGCACCUUUAGUUUCACAAAGGUUGACGUUGGUCAGCAGCCCCUCAGGAUCAAUGGUGUUAAGGUUUAUACUGAAAAUGUAGACAAAAGGCAGAUUAUUCUAGACCUUCAGAUUAGUUUUGUAGGAAACUGUGAGAUUGAUUUGGAGAUCAAACGAUAUUUUUGUAGAGCUGGUGUAAAGAGCAUACAGAUUCAUGGUACAAUGCGGGUGAUCUUGGAACCAUUGAUUGGAGACAUGCCCUUAGUUGGAGCUUUGUCAAUCUUCUUCCUUCGAAAACCACUCUUGGAAAUUAACUGGACAGGACUGACUAAUCUUCUGGAUAUCCCUGGAUUGAAUGGUUUAUCAGAUACUAUCAUUUUGGAUAUAAUAUCAAAUUAUCUGGUACUUCCCAAUCGAAUCACCGUUCCUCUUGUCAGUGAAGUUCAGAUAGCUCAGUUGCGGUUUCCUGUACCAAAGGGUGUUCUAAGGAUACAUUUUAUUGAAGCUCAGGAUCUUCAGGGGAAAGAUACUUAUCUUAAGGGACUUGUCAAGGGAAAAUCAGACCCCUAUGGAAUUAUUCGAGUUGGCAACCAAAUCUUCCAAAGCAAGGUCAUCAAAGAGAACCUCAGCCCAAAGUGGAAUGAAGUGUAUGAGGCUUUAGUCUAUGAACAUCCUGGACAAGAAUUAGAGAUCGAGUUGUUUGAUGAAGACCCAGACAAGGAUGACUUUUUAGGAAGUCUUAUGAUUGAUCUUAUUGAAGUUGAAAAGGAGCGCCUUUUAGAUGAAUGGUUCACUCUGGAUGAGGUUCCCAAAGGAAAGCUGCACUUGAGACUGGAAUGGCUCACACUAAUGCCAAAUGCAUCAAACCUUGAUAAGGUGCUAACAGACAUCAAAGCUGACAAAGACCAAGCCAAUGAUGGUCUUUCUUCUGCAUUGCUGAUCUUAUAUUUGGAUUCAGCAAGGAACCUUCCGUCAGGGAAGAAAAUAAACAGCAACCCAAAUCCUCUUGUCCAGAUGUCGGUUGGGCACAAGGCCCAGGAGAGCAAGAUUCGGUACAAAACCAAUGAACCUGUUUGGGAGGAAAAUUUCACUUUCUUCAUUCACAAUCCCAAGCGCCAGGACCUUGAAGUUGAGGUCAAAGACGAGCAGCACCAGUGUUCUCUGGGGAGCCUGAAGGUCCCCCUCAGCCAGCUGCUCACCAGUGAUGACAUGACUAUGAGUCAGCGGUUCCAGCUCAGUAACUCAGGUCCAAACAGCACCUUGAAGAUGAAGAUUGCCCUCAGGGUGCUCCAUCUUGAAAAGCAGACGAGACCUCCAGACUACCAACACUCAGCUAAAGUAAAACGACCCUCUGUUUCCAAAGAGGGGAGGAAAACAUCCAUCAAAUCUCAGAUGUCUGUGUCUCCGGGCCCUGGUGGCAGCCACACUGCACCAUCCACACCCAUCAUUGGGAGUAGUGAUAAGCCUGGUGUGGAAGAGAAGGCCCAGCCCCAUGAGGCUGGUCCUCAGGGGCCGCGCGACCUAGGGAGAAGUUCCUCCAGCCUCCUUGCCUCCCCAAGCCACAUCUCAGCCAAGGAGCCCACGCCCAGCAUUGCCUCAGACAUAUCACUGCCCAUCGCCACCCAGGAGCUGCGGCAAAGGCUGAGACAGCUGGAAAACGGGACAACCCUAGGACAGUUUCCACUGGGACAGAUCCAGCUGACAAUCCGGCACAGCUCACAGAGAAACAAGCUCAUUGUGGUCGUGCACUCCUGCAGAAAUCUCAUCGCCUUCUCGGAAGAUGGUUCUGAUCCAUAUGUCCGCAUGUAUUUGUUACCAGACAAGAGGCGAUCAGGAAGGAGGAAAACACAUGUAUCAAAGAAAACAUUAAACCCAGUGUUUGAUCAAAGCUUUGAUUUCAGUGUUUCAUUACCAGAAGUGCAAAGAAGAACACUAGACGUUGCAGUGAAAAACAGUGGAGGUUUCCUGUCCAAAGACAAAGGGCUUCUUGGCAAAGUGUUAGUUACUCUGGCAUCUGAAGAACUCGCCAAAGGCUGGACCCAGUGGUAUGACCUCACAGAAGACGGAGCGAGGCCACAGGUGGUGACGUAGCCACAGGUGGUGACGUAGCCAUGCCGGGCACGAAGCUCCUCCUCUGUGUAUCUCCCUCAGCUCUCCUUGGAACACAUCUUCUCACAGACGUACCAAUAUUAUUUUUAUAAUUUCAUGUAUUUAGUUAUACAUACCUUGAAAGUUUUAUAUAAUUGUUGACAUCUUAGGCAAAUUUGGCCAAUGUUACUGUUAAAUUUUAUGUAUUGAAUUUCCUCUAGUAUUUCACCAGUUACUCUAGUGUGCAAUAGGAUGGUAGUUAGUGUGUUCUGUAAGCUCUCUGUCAGUUGUGUCUACUAGGAAACAGAUACAUGUAUAUGCUUUAUUAUUGUUUUGUUUUGUAUAUCACUGAGGUACACUAUGCCAUGUAAAUAGACUCUAUUUUUUAUAAUAUACAUGCUGAUUUGAAUUCAGAAGAAAAUAGAUCAAGGAAAUAUAUAUUUUCUUCUAAAACUUAUUAAAUUCUUGUGACAAAUAAUCAUUUUCAUCUUUGCAGCAAAAAGUUCUCAGUGACUUAUUGCGUGGUGUUUCUUUUUAAAAAGGAAAACUGAAAGAUUAUUAAAUACUAGUAUAUUUCUGCCCAUUAUGAAUGAAAAAAUAAUCAAAAUAUUAACAUUUUCGUAAAUAUGAGGAUGUCUUAUUGAGAAGUAAGUUAAAGGGCUUGUAAGGAAAACUGUUUAUAACUGAGUAAUCUAAAAUACCAAGAGAAUUGUCAUGGUUCCUAAAUCAUAAUGUACUAAUCUGAAAUUCCUUACAUAAAAAUGAAAUGUCUUAAGUUUAUUUUAAUUAUUCGUUGUAACUUAUUAAUGAGAUAGUACAGACACACACAUUAUACUUUUCCUAAAAUAUAGGAACAGAUUUUCAAGUUUAGCAAUGAAGCGAUUGCAAAAUGGUUGGUGAUGAGCUUUGUUAAUUUUCAGUGUUUUCCCAGCCUAUAAAGAAAGAAAGGUACCCAUUGUCCUUAUAAGGGUUGUGAGAUAGAUCAGGAUGCAUAGAUAAGACAUUAUAUUAAGAGUUAAAAGCUCGUUCACACACUUAUUAGUGUUAAGAGCUAAUUAUGCAGCACACAUAGAAAGUGUCACCUAGUAGCUGGAUGCACACAGGCCACCACCAUGGCCAGGGGUGCCCGCAGCUGCCAGCACAGCAGCUGUUGUUCUUAAACAACCAUUUCCUGGGUUUUCUUACUUGCUGCCAUGACUGACCUUAAUAUCAGGAUAUUGUUAAAUAGUUUUUAUUUUAGAAUAUUUUUUUCUGUUUAGGUUAUUAAAAGCAUGUUUUGUAUACUUAAGAGUUCCCAAACACCCUGUGAGGUGAGACUCUAUAGCAGUCAUAGGCUCUGUAUGUCUAUAAACAAAGUGUGCACAUAUGCAGAAAGAUGUUUAAGUGUAUAGUAUAAGCUGUAUGAUGAAAAUGGCUUCCUAAGCCAUGAGAACAUUUUAAAACUAUGUAUACACAUAUUGGGGGAAAAUAUAGCUUUGUAAUCAAAAUUGAAGCUUUUACCUUAACUUCAUGGAACUGAACAACUUAAGAAUAACUCAUGUGACCAAACAUACCAAAGUGCCUGUGGCAGAUGCUGAUUGUUGUUUCUACGCACCCCUCCCUUUAGCACAUUUUAAUUUUGUCUCACUUUAUAACCUACACUUUGAACCAUGGGUUUAUUUAUAAUGGAGUUUAUAGCUUCACAACACAUUUCUUGUAAUCAUAAAGACCAGUAUAAUCUCACUGUCUCCUAUUUAGUGACACUUAAAAACCUCUAUAAACCAUUUAUAUUAGUAGUAUACAGGAUUAUUUGGGGAGGAAGCUUAUGAAUAUGUUGAUACAUACAUGCAAACAUUUAUGUACACAAACAUUUAACUAUUUUAGUAGCAUAGAAAGACAGGUAAUACUUAUUAAAUCUAGUUGCUUUCCCAUGGUUUUAGAUUUUUUUGAAGGUUUUUUAAAAAUAAGGUCUGUGGAAGGGCUUCUGUUAUAAUCUAUAAAAGAGAAGAAACACUCAUUGAAGUUUUAGCAUGCCAGUAAUUUUUACUAGCAUCCUACACAGUUGGGUUUUGCAUCCAUAAGCUUAAUCUAUUCAAUGUGUGUUUUACUUAAUGGAUGCUAUAUUUAGGCAAUUAGGCAAAAUAGAUGCAAUUAAAGGUGCAAAGCCCAAAGAAAGUCAGUUUAGCAGCACAAUGAGUUGCCCCUUGAUGCAGUGAAGUCAGGAGAGCUGUCACCUUUUGGAUGCAAGCUUCCCACUUGCAGGGUCUGGGGCCUCCAUAGCCCUUUUCAUUCUUUGUAAGAGGAAGGGAAGAAGGAGGGUGAAUCUGAGGCACUGAAGCACCUUCCAGAGAUGUGGGGAAGUCAGGAGCUAUCAUCAGGGCCACGCUCCUAGCACCCCAGGAUCCCAAUGGUAGAAAACACUCGAAUUCUCAGAAUAUUGAUUUGUUUUUAAUACUCUCAGAAUAUUGAUUUGUUUUUAAUAUUGAUUUGUUUUUAAUACUCGAUUUAUCUAGGAAAAGGGAACUUUAAUUCUUAUACCUUGAGCCAAGCCAAUGGAGAGAAAAUUAGAUACAUUUGAAGUGCAGCUCUGUUCCUUGUACAUGUGGGUUCUUAUCCUGUGCCUUAAAGUAAGAAGGUAUUGUUUCCAAGUUUCAGAUUAAAACAGAAGAAGCCUUGUAGCUAUAUUUACCACAAUUUAAUGCUGUAUUAUAAGAAUUCCUUUUACAGAUACUCUUUAUCAAGAGGUCAGCUCUUUUUCAAGAACCUAAGCCAAACGCAAAUCAGCGUGUAGAGCUGUGCAUUUAUUCUGUGGUUGCUACAUGAAUUCUGAUUCUGGCUGGUUCACCCGCUGCAAAUGGAGAACAGCAGGGCUUUUUAAAAAAAUAUAGAAUGUCCUUUUUGUGCAACUAAUUUUACAUAACUGUGCAUGUAUUUAUUCAAUAAAACUUUUAAGUUAU